GGCGCGCGCGGCAUCCUAUCCUGUCCUACAGAAUAGGCAACGUGCCCCUUUCCUUAAUUACUGGCUUGAUUGAUCGAUCCGGAGACGCGACGACCCCGGCAACCGAUCUCCUCCUUCUUCUCCAAGCACACACAGGCUACGCUCUACUACCGCCUCCUCCCUCGAUCGGAUCAGCCAUCCCCAGCCGCCGGCGAGAUGGUGCUCUCCCACGCCGCGUCGACGGGCUCCUCCGAUGACUCGGUCCACUCCACCUUCGCCUCACGCUACGUCCGCGCCUCCCUGCCCAGGUACCGGAUGCCGGACAACUCGAUCCCCAAGGAGGCGGCGUACCAGAUCAUCAACGACGAGCUGAUGCUGGACGGCAACCCGCGCCUCAACCUCGCCUCCUUCGUCACCACCUGGAUGGAGCCCGAGUGCAACAAGCUCAUGAUGGACUCCAUCAACAAGAACUACGUCGACAUGGACGAGUACCCCGUCACCACCGAGCUCCAGAACCGCUGCGUCAACAUGAUCGCGCAUCUGUUCAAUGCUCCUCUUGGGGAAACCGAGACGGCUGUCGGAGUCGGCACCGUGGGGUCGUCCGAGGCCAUCAUGCUCGCCGGACUGGCCUUCAAGAGAAGGUGGCAGAACAAGAUGAGGGCUGCUGGCAAGCCCUGCGACAAGCCCAACAUUGUUACCGGUGCCAACGUCCAGGUUUGCUGGGAAAAGUUCGCGCGGUACUUCGAGGUGGAGCUCAAGGAAGUGAAGCUGACCGAGGGGUACUAUGUCAUGGACCCACAGAAGGCGGUGGAUAUGGUCGACGAGAACACCAUCUGCGUCGCUGCCAUCCUCGGCUCCACGCUAAACGGGGAGUUUGAGGACGUCAAGACGCUCAACGACCUGCUCGUCAAGAAGAACGAGGAGACAGGCUGGGACACGCCGAUCCACGUUGACGCGGCAAGCGGUGGGUUCAUCGCGCCGUUCCUGUACCCAGAGCUGGAGUGGGACUUCCGGCUGCCGCUGGUGAAGAGCAUCAACGUCAGCGGGCACAAGUACGGCCUCGUGUACGCCGGGGUCGGCUGGGCCAUCUGGAGGAGUAAGGAGGACCUGCCGGAGGAGCUCAUCUUCCACAUCAACUACCUUGGCGCUGACCAGCCCACCUUCACCCUCAACUUCUCCAAAGGUUCCAGCCAGGUUAUCGCACAGUAUUACCAGCUCAUCCGCCUUGGUUUUGAGGGGUACAAGAACAUCAUGGACAACUGCCAAGAGAACGCGAUGGUGCUCAAGGAGGGCCUGGAGCGCACGGGGCGGUUCAACAUCGUGUCCAAGGACAAUGGGGUGCCGCUCGUCGCCUUCUCCCUCAAGGACAACAGCAAGCACAACGAGUUCGAGAUCUCCGAGUACCUGCGCCGCUUCGGCUGGAUCGUGCCGGCCUACACCAUGCCGGCCGACGCGCAGCACAUCACCGUGCUCCGCGUGGUCAUCCGGGAGGACUUCAGCCGCACCUUCGCUGAGCGCCUUGUCAUCGACAUCGAGAAGGUGCUACAUGAGCUCGACGCGCUGCCGUCACGCGUUGCCCCCUCGCUGCUGCCCAACGGCGACGCUACCGCUCCAAAUGACAAGGAUAUGGAGAGGCAGCGCGAGGUGAUCACCCUCUGGAGGAGGGCCGUCGCGGAGAAGAAGAAGACCAGCGGCGUCUGCUAAUCAAGCGACGCACAUGAGCUGUCGGUGUGUACUAGCUGCUGCAUGCUCUGGGCAAAAGUUAUCUUGCAUUUCUGAUUUGAUUUUACAAAUUAAGGUCGCUUCUGUCCAUGUUAAUUUUUAGAGGCCUGGCUCCAUUUGAUCGAAUAUGUUCUUGUACGUGUCAAACAUCAGUUAUGUACUUAUAUUUGUUUUACAAAAUACGGCUAAACGUGGUAUCCAUUUA